UUCUCUCUAGCUCUCUCCUCCCCUCGAAGUUUUUAUUUCUUCCACUGCUCUAUAAAUCGUGUGCAAGGUACCACUAGUGAAGCAGAGAUGGACUUUGACGAGGAGCUAAAUCUUUGUAUUACUAAAGGUAAAACUGUUGAUCAUUCUUUUGGAGAAGCUUCGUCUACGUCUCCAAGAUCUAUGAAGAAGAUGAAGAGUCCUAAUCGACCUAAACCCUAUUCUUCUCCCCCUUCUCCUUAUUCGUUAGGGUCUUUCCCUUUUUCUUUCGAUCCAACAAUGCAAAAUCAACAACAGUUCAGAUCAUACGUUCCGGUUGAGAGACAAUAUGACCCUACAAUGCAAGGCCAGAAGCAAAUGAUCUCGUUUAGUCCUCAACAACAACAACAGCAGCAGCAGUAUAUGGCCAGGUAUUGGAGCGACACGUUGAAUCUGAGCCCAAGAGGAAGAAUGAUGAUGAUGAACCAAGAAGGUGUUCAACCCUACAGCGCAACCAAGCUGUACAGAGGAGUUAGACAACGUCAAUGGGGAAAAUGGGUCGCAGAGAUCCGUAAGCCACGAAGCAGGGCACGUCUUUGGCUUGGUACCUUUGAUACAGCUGAGGAAGCUGCCAUGGCUUACGACCGCCAAGCCUUCAAACUGAGGGGACAUAACGCAACGCUUAAUUUUCCGGAGCAUUAUGUGAAUAUGGAAAACGAGCCGCAUGAUUCAAACUCUUCGCCGCUUCAGAAACAAGACGAAACGCCACAGCCAAGCGAGGUUAGCUUGGAAAGCAAGGAAGUGACAGUGACUGAUAAUGUGAGAGAGGAAGGCAUGGCUGAAGCGUGGUACAAUGCAGUCACAUCAGGAUGGGGUCCUGAAAGUGCCCUUUGGGAUGAUUUGGACAGUUCUCAUCAGUUUUCAGAAAGCUCAUCUUCUCCUUCUUCUCUUUCUUGUCCCAUGCGGCCUUUCUUUUGAAAAAAAGGUUCUACGCCCACAUUGUAGGUUUGUAGUUUAGGUUUAUAUGCUUAUUGGCAUUUGGAUGGAGACAGUUUUGGUGAUCUCCCUCUCCACACAUCAGUCAUUAUAUAUCUCUAUUUUCUCCCUAUAUUUCCGUUAUUACUAUUGUUCUUAAUAUAUAUCUGUGUCUGAGUGUUUGAUUAUGACUUCAUACAUAGAUGUCCGCUUUGUUCAUGAAGU